GAGACUGAAGGAAGGAAACGUACGCCGAGGAAGCUCAACCUGCACCCGAGGGACCCCUACAGUCACCCACAAUCUCACCCCAACACAGCAGCUGGUGGGACCAUGAAGACCGUGGUGACUCUGCUGCUGCUUUGUCUGUGUCAUCGUGGACAGAGUGACUGCCAGGCAGACUGCCUGUCCUGCAGCAACAUCCUGCCCAGACAUCUCAGUUUUAAUACAAUGGUGUGUCUCUCUGAAUGUGAAGCUAACAUCUCCCCUGCCUUUUACCAUGACCUCUGUAGUAAAGUGCUGUCUUCGCCGUUGUCUUCCCUCGGUGGUACGAUGCAGAAAAGAUCUCAGGAGGAAGUAGAAGCCUUGUUUCCUGAGGAGGAAGAGCAGGGGGAUGGUGGUCUGCUGCUUCCUAUGGCAUUGCAAAGGUUUGAUCACUUGACCCGGGCACUCGGGGUGGACGAAAGUGCUUUGGGUGUCAAAGACAGCCAGCUGAACACUGCCUACAACUCCCAGAAUGCCCUGUCACUUGAGGAUGAGUAUGAGACAGGAGAGGAGGCAGGGCAGGAGGAGGGGGCUGCUGACAUGGCGGAAAGAGGACAAGGUGAUUUAGGGCUGAGCUUGUCGAAGAGGUUUGGCGGCUUUGUGAAAGGGAGACACGGCUACAAGAAGCUGAUUUCACCUGGAAGAUCUUACCAGAAGAGAUAUGGGGGAUUCAUCGGCAUUCGGAAGUCGGCCCGCAAGUGGAACAACCAAAAACGUUUCAGCGAGUUCCUGAAGCAGUACCUGGGGAUGAGCACUCGAGCCACUGAGUACAACAGCCUGUCAGAGGACCUCACCCAACAGAACCAAGUUUAGCACCUUUAAGCCACUGACAAAAGAAAUUCUUGAUGUAUUUUCAAUGAUCUUGUUUUGUAUUUCCGACACCAAACGUCAAACAUUAACUGCUGUCACCAAAGCUGACCUACUUUAUCAGAGGAAUUGGCCUAAAUAUGAAAACCAAGCCCAUGAACUAAAGGUGUGUUCAGACCAAAAUUAAGCAAAUAUUGUUUCGACAUUACUAUGUGCAAAAUCAGUCAGGGGAAUUAAAGCUCCUGUUAGGAACUUUUGGUUUAUGUCGAUGUUGGCGCCCCCUGCAGUACUCGUCUGUUAUACUGUAUGUGCCAGAAGUGUUUCUACAAACAUCUCAUUCUGCUAUCUUUUAAAGUCAGUCUUGUCACUGGCAAUUAAUAUUUACAGCAGGAAAACUAACUUCUUCUGCUUCUGACCUCCAAAAACUAAUGAACCAUUAUGAAAUCAUAGUAGACAUUAAUGCAAGACAGUCUGGCUGCAGACCAUUCAUCUCUGAAAGCCACUCUCACAGACCAUUCAUCUUAGACACAGUAUAUCUCAGAACUGGAAUACAUGCAAAACUUUAGAAAUAAAACUGGUUUAAAACUUCUGUGUAGGGUUAGGGUAACGGUGGGAAUACCAAAAGUAAAAAACCUGACCUGCAAAACCUGAUUACAAAACAUUUAAUAAAGCUGAUCAAACAGUCUGCUUACAGCAAAAAAGCUUGUCCUCCAUAAAAACAUCCAAGCUAGUAUAGCUUAUGUAGCUUCAUUAGCUGCAAAAGCUAUGUAAAUAAUAGAGCUACAUAGCUAGCUAAGUAAGCUUUAGCAAUAUGAACUUAAGCCAACGUAGGUAAGCUAAUGUAUAAAACAUAGAUAACACUUGUCUAUACCGCAAAGCUAAUGUAUAAAACAGAUAAAGUUAAGCUCACAAAGCAGCCACGCAUCUAUUUUAUAUACUUAGCUGAGUUAGAUUAUGCUUCUUUUGCUAAGACACCCAUCGCUAAAAUGAACCUAGCUUUAGCCCUAAGCUGACAUAGCUACAUAGCUAACAUAGCUUUGUAGCUACAGAAGCUAAAGCUAAGCUUGCAAAGCAACUCUGUAAACUAGGUAGAUACGUCAUCUAUGUAGCUAUGUCAGCUUUACCUGUUUGCUUAAGUUUAAGUUGCUAAAGCUAACUUGGCUAUAAAUAACAGAGCUACAUAGCUUCACAGCUAUGCUAGCUACAUAGCUCCGUAGAUAAUGUAGUGUAAGCUAAGCUCACAAAACAGCUACACGUCUACGUUAGCUAUGCAGCAAAGUUAGAUGUAGCUACAUACAGAGGCAUCAGUGUCAGUUUAAUGCUGUAAGCACACAGUACCUUCUCACAGAGGCUAUAAAUGACAAGAAUAACACAUGUAUGCAAACUUUCUGUGUUUGAAUAUUCCCAGAGUGCAUAAAUGAUGAAACAAACCGUGGCUUUUGAGCCUUAGAUUAAAAAAUCAUAACAGCAUUGACUUGUUCUUCUUUUUGAUGUGUUAACUGCACUUAAAUCACAGGGAAAUGUUUUUAUUUUGGGUUCAUCCUGAUGUAGAACGUCAGAUGAAUUUCUUCUGAUAGUGAUCUUCUUAAUCAGCAUAAAUAGACCUUUUACCUCUGACACAAGACCAGGUAGUUAAAGAAAGAAAAUCAAGCACUUACCUGAACUGAACCUGAACUUAUUCAUGAAAAUAAUUGGGGAUUUUCUGGGUUAAACGAGGGCACAACCCCCUAAAAGUAGGAGAUGUGAAACAAUCUGUCUAUAUCUCUGUGAUUUUAAAAAGCCAGAUGUGAUAAAAGAGAGCCUGGUUUUAGUUGAUCAAUGCACAAAUACACAAAUGACUCUCCAGUGAAACAAAGUAAGAAAGAGCUUUUUUUCUGUCUGGAAACCUAGAAAAACCUCUCUCUACUGACCAUUGUGUUGCAAAAUAUUACAUUUUUAUCAAAACAAUAGAAUUACUCUUGGUCUUUUACAAAAAGUUGUGGACAGUUGUAGGAGUAAGGACAAACCUUUGUCCCUGUAAAGGUUUGAAGUUCACUCUGGUCUGUGAGACUCUAUAAUUCACAUCAUCACUGGAUGCCCCUUACCUAACAGACCGGUGAAAUGACUGGGCUUUUUUCGAUUAGCUCCAAAAGCCCUUUACCUGAUGAGCCUUAGACAAAGCUUUCAUUUUGGGAACACUUAGUUGUCCCACAUUGAUUUGCAGUAUAAAAAAGACCUUUUUUCCCUGAUUAAUCCCAGAUGAAUGUUCACUUAUUGUUGAUUUUUAAAUCCCAUCUAAUGAUGUUCUGAAAACAUUAAUAUCUGUAUUGAGUCAUUUGCUAAAAGUGCUAAAUCAUCUUUAAAAGAGGCACCUUCCUGCUGAAAAUGUCUGAAGCAACUUCACUGAAGCAAUGGCGCUCUUCAUUGUGUGGUAAAAUGCAUAAUUUAGUCUCUUUUAAAGGAAAAAAAAAAAGUUUUUUGUUCGUACUGGCAGCAGAGUUAAGAUAAAGUCAUCAGUAUGUGAAGUGUACUUUGAGUGAUUUUUGGUAAAGAAAUGAAGUUAAGGAUUUCUUAUACCUCUGUUUUAAAACACACCUGACACUGCUACUUUUACUUUUAUCUGGUGCAAUCUUAAAGACUCCACAGCAGUCAGUAUUCAUGUGCUACUCCACUUUCUGUCUGACAGACUCAUGUUUUGUGAGCAUCUUCUCUGACUGACCUUUGUGUCCAUAUGUCAGAUUCCUCUCUGUACAAACAAUAUUUGUUUAAUUUAUUUAAACUGUAAUGAUGUGAGGUGUUUUGUGGCCUAC